AUGAAGUUCUCAACGGCACUGACAGUGGCUGCUUCGCUGGUUGCGACUACGACUGCACAUGGAGGCGUUGACCAGUACAUAGUCGGAGACACAACGUAUCCAGGAUGGUCACCAUACAACUCACCGGGUAGUCAAAAGAGUAUCCAACGACAAUACUCAUCGUAUGACCCCUUGGUCAUCAAGGAUCUUACAACUGAAAACAUUCGAUGCAACAACAAAGGCGCUCUUGGUACUGGUUUGACAGGUACCAUAGCCGCAGGAGCUGUUCUCAAGACACACUGGAAGCAAUGGACCCAUAGACCAACCUCCUUCCUGGUAUACAUGGCAAAGUGCCCUGGUAAAUGUGACAGCUUUGACGGGUCCGGCAAGGUCUGGUUCAAGAUCUUCGAGCAAGGUCUGAUAUCCGGCACUGAGAACGCUGGCAUCUGGGCCGGCGAUGCCAUCCUCGACACUCUCUACGCCAGCAUCACUAUUCCCGCCUCUCUCGCACCAGGUGACUACCUAAUCCGCCACGAGCUCAUCGCUGUACAUCAAGCAAACAACCCACAGUUCUACCCCGAAUGCGCCCAAUUCACCGUCACAGGCUCCGGCACCGCCUCCCCUCCUUCCUCCGCCCUUGUAUCCUUCCCCGGCGCAUACAGCAGCACAGACCCCGGUAUCGCAUUCAAUAUCGACUCUGAUGCUGCGAAGAAGGCUACGUCGUACCCCAUACCCGGUCCUGCUGUUUGGAACGGAGCUGGCGGUGGCGCGAGUGGUCCGGCUACGUCUUCCUGCGUCACCUGUGCCAUCGGCGGCGCCGACUACUGCCCCAUCGUGCGAAGUGGCAAGGUAUGGACAGUGUGGUGGGAAAGGGUUUGGAGGCUGCACAACAUGUGCUAA